AGUAGAUGGAUACAACAAGUAGAUUACUCGUCGUCGUCGUUAUUGCGCUGGUUGCAGUAAAGUUGCCCGUUGUUACCUCCGACGUCAACUCUCUGUGUGAGCCAACUGCGCACAUGAAAUGUCGAUGCAACGGAUUCGGUGUCUACUCGUCGCUGUACAGAGCGAUGUGCAGUCAAGAAACGGGUAUUUGUAACUGUAACGCAACGCUUCACGUCGACGGCGCUCACUGCGAUGUGUGCGAGGAAGGAUUUCUGAACGAGAACGGUGGGACCGUACCAGGAAAUGAUGGAUGCCCACUGGCUCACAUGGGUGCCGUGACCUUCGAUGCUCUCUCCGAUCCUGAACUUCUCGUCCAAGACGUAGGACUCGAUCCGAAUGGAGAGAGGAUCACAGCAACAACCAGAAGACUAAAACGGUUUGCUCUGGAUGCUCCGGUAGGCGUGGUGUCUAGCGACCGUGUCAGAGUGUCUGCAUCAUACCACAAUGUGUCUGUGAAAGGACUUCCAAAAAACGCAGCUGCAGUGGGAUUACUCGACAUGUCAGCCGUCUCCAAUGAUUCUGAGAGCGAGUUCGAACUGUUUGGUCGUGUAUUUAAAGAGAAUAUUAAAGUAGAAGUGGAGCCGCAUAAGACAGGUGAAGAUGACGUCGUAUACCCGUACUUGUACGACUCUCGCACAAACUCUCUUGAAGCAAUGGGGCUUGCAGUCGGUGCGGAGAAUUCGACUGCAAUUCAGUUUUUUACGACUUCUUUGUCACAAGUUGUUUUUGUUUCCGUUUCUCGCACGACACUUUCACAGUGGAUGAGAAGUCAUUCUAUUGACACAGGAUUUACACCUCAGCGCAACGGUUGGCCUUCGUCUACAACUUUUCUUUGGCCGACGUACAACGGGAUGACGAUAUUUGCAAGGUGGUUCUUUGUUUCUAAAGAAGAGACUCUGCAGAUUGCGAGUAAAGAAUGGUCGACCGACUUGCUUGACCGCAUGCUGACACUGCUGCAAGUGCGCUGCUCUGACCCACCGCCUCAACCGGAGUCCGUGUCCGAUAUAGAAACGUUUGAAGUUCUCAUCCAUGCUCUCUUUGUCUCUCACGCUCCGCAGCUUAUUUGGAUGGAGAAUUCUGACGAAUUUGGGGUACCCGGUUAUGCCGUCCUCGUUUACAAAUACAGCAUGGGAGAGUUUUCAUUCUAUGACCCCCGCUUGGGAUCGGAAGAGCAAACACUGUCGUUUGACUUGUCUACUGAAAGGUUUGAUCCUUACCCUAACGGCGAAUACAACCGAUUUCUUGUCUACAGCCACACAGCUUUCCAACUAAGUGACACUGAUAUGGAAACGAUUUACAAUCAGACAUUUAGCGCAUUCAACGAUUCCAAUGCUCCAGACAUUGUGCUCGAUCCCUUUGAUACCAACAUAACGGCCAACUCGAUUACCGUACGUGGCAGAGUUGUUCCUAAGCCUGGUCAUUCAUUGCCUGCCGUUGUUUUUUCGUAUGUGUUUAGUAAUGAUUCUGAGGGACAAGCCGUCGCUCGCGGACGCGUGCUUUUAGAUUCUUCCGGUCGCUUUACAAAAGUUAUAGUAGACAUCGACAAUGGACAGUCUAAGAUUGUAUUUGUAGCUGGCGGAUACGUACCAUCGAGAAUCGUUUCCAGGACGAGGCGUCGCUUUCAUUUUAGACCUUACGGGCCGACAAUAGCAAGUCUGUAUAACCUUCACGGCUAUUUCCAACGACACAUAACCAGAACAGGAAAACCAAAUUUGCUCACUGUGACACUUACAUGGGAUGACGGAGCGUCUGAUAUUGACUUACACGUUUUUGAACCAGGUGGAAGACACAUUUAUUACGUAGAUAAAGGAGGGUUUGGUACCCCAUACUUGGAUUAUGACAACACCCACGGUUACGGUCCUGAGCAUUACAUCGUUGAUUCAGAUUUCCAAGCAUCGCCGAGCGGAACAUUAGAAGGCACGUAUACUAUUCAAGUACACUAUUUUGCAGAUCAUGGAAAAAUUGAAGGCAGAAGCAUCCGGUGGACUCUUAGAAUAGAAGGAACGACGCAAGAUAGACCUGUAAAGUUUUCAGGAGUUUUGAAAACCGAAUACAGUUGGAGUGAGAAUUACGACGUAACAAUAGACGCUGUACAUUUUAUUGCUAUUGCUGACAGAAGAGUCGACUGUUCAUUGGGUGCCGUCUAUCAUUACUCCGCUCAGCUGUGGAAGAACGUACUUGCAUUGCCCAAAAGAAGAACAGAAGCAAAAGUGUCUCUACUGAAGGAGUAUAACCCAAAAGCGAGUAAAGAAGGAGGCGUUGAACUGCUGAGCGAAUCGUCUUCGAACGUCUGUAGCUACAGAGGAUGGCGUCUUAGAGGAGACAGUUGGAAAAACGAAAGUGUUGCUAUCUCACGCAUCCAUUAUUCCGAACGCGGCACGCGCUAUCUUCCUGUCUUUAUGCAUACUGACUGGAGUGUUGUUCAAGCGAAGUGGAACGAGUUGAUAAAUCAUGCAAAACAAUACCGGUAUGCAGAGCAGCCAGGGUCAAUCAGCAAGUAUCCUCAAUCGAUCUAUAUUAUCGGAGACAACGCCACCAACUCCAACACGUUCGUUCGCUGGCUUUUCGAUAGCUCUGGCCUGGCUUACAGCGAAAUGAACUGGUUUCAUCCCGGACGGUAUUUACCCAAUCCCGUUUCAAAGGAAUUAUUCAAAGGAGAGCUAUUUUGUGUUGGAGGUCCGACCGUCCCGCUUUGCGACACUAUUGCUAUCCUAUCAAAGCGAUGACUGUGACCGCUAGAUGAUCUACUGUCCAGAUUUUCUUGUUUAGACACAAAGCUACACGUAAGAUUAGAGCACAAUGAGACAAAAUCCUGUCGGAAAGGAACUGCUAGUGCACGUAAAGCGAUUUUAGGCUGUUCUCUGUAUCUGCAUGCAAAUUGUAGCUGUUUCACUUUGCCUUUAGAAGUCUCGGUUUUCUCUGAGUCAAGCUAGAAACAAUUAGAACAUAUGAAAAUCUAAUUGCGUGGACAACCCAAACUAUAUGAAAAC